AUGUCUUUUCGCUUGUUGAACGUUUUUACCGGGCGAUUGACCGAACAUGCACUUACUAGCCAUCCUUCUUUCUUGGCGGCAUCUCACGCGUGGAGUGAGCAAUUGUUCCCGCCAGAUGUUGACUUCUUAUUCAGUCCCGGGCGCAUGGCCAUUUUGACAACGGUGCAGCAGCGGUAUCCCUCGAUCAAGCACUGCUGGGUAGACACAAUCUGCAUCGACCAAAAGGACGUGGAUGAUAAGAUCCGCCAGAUCCCCCUGAUGGGCGAGAUAUUUGGGAAAGCCGAAGGCGUCCUCAUUAUCUUGAGCUGCGAACUCGGCAUGCGGCAGGAUCAUGUCGAUAGUCUUACAUCACAGCUAGACGGGGCGAUUGCGAUGGAGGCAGAGGAGGCUUGGGCAACCGAGGGUCAGCACUGGCAAUUCGGGGACGGGCGUUCAUUAAUUGCACAGGCCAUGAAGGGAUUGGCAAGAUUGACGACAACUGCAUGGAGUACAAGGGUCUGGACGCUGCAGGAGUAUAUACUAGCUCGCACCAUCACAUGGAUCGGCACAAACCUCGUACCUCUAGUCAUUGACGACAUAUUGUUCUCCUCUUUACCGGUCAUAUGCGACACACUAAUCAUUGAAGAAUGCAUGGGCGGUGAAUUCGACAAGCUUUACAAGUUCUUCAGCGGCAUGGCAAAUGUCCGCCUACGCCGCGGAGAUCGCACCCGAGUUAUGGAACUAUUGGGCAAUCGGAAAGCGACAGUAGAAUGUGACGAAGUCUACGGAGUUAUGGCUGCCUCAGGUGUAGAGGUUUCUGUCAUGAAGAACGAAAAGAAGGAGCAAGUCUGGGCACGAUGGGUAGAGGAAGCUCUCCGUCAAGGGCACCUGCGUUGGUUACUCCUGCCGACGAUAGGGCCUGCUUCUGCAAUUCAUGAGAAUUGCAUCGUCGUUCCAUUUAGUGUAAGGCACGAGGCAUCUUCCUGCUCUGUAUUGGAUAAACUAUAUCCUCUGGGCCCAUGUAGUGUCAGCAAUGGGGCGGCCACCGUCACAGGAAGAUUUCUCGGAUUCUGUCAUAUUGAAAAGAGAUUAGGUGCAGUCCAUGAGCCAGAACCCAAUCAUAUUCACCGGGAUAUCACAGUUAUACUCUAUGCAGCAGGACGAUGGAGUUACGCCUUGCGAGUCGGCUCUGCAUUGAGUGCAGGGCGUUAUAAAACUCGUCACAUAGUUUCUAUCGCUCAGGCACUGAUUGACAAUUGGUCAGGGGCACUACGUGCGGUACAUCGUGGUAGUGAGGAGAGAUUCAAGAUGAAGUUCAGGACCGAGGGCCAAGCGCGGAUAUGGAAAGACUUCAUGCUUUUCAUGGCGAGCCGAUUGACAGGGUUGAACGCCGGCGUAGCAUAUCUCGCCACGAUCCGACGAGCUUCCAUGAGAGUGGACACAAUUAUAGUAGUUGCCAGAGAUCAGCACUUGCCUGCUGGAGAACUUGCAGUCGUUGACGUUGGCGGUAGGACACCUGACGGCUUGUGCGUUUUCCUGAUUGCGACAAAAAGUACAACGUCCGGUGCAGAGGCUCUUAGCAAUGCCAGACACAAGGUUGCUGUGACCCUUCCAUUGAGCAGUGCCUUUGAGGGCCUCGUUAAACACUUUAAGCUCGAGUCUUUUACUUUCGGAGGCCGGAACUGUCAAGUUUGUCAUGAAUAUCGAAAGACAGCACUAAGCGAUGGUAUCGCGUCGACAAUGUCGCCAGUUCGAUCUUUAGGAAACAGGAGAACCGAAAGAGUCCAGUGUAGUAGAAAGAGAAGACGAUCAAAGUAUCUAAGGAGAAGACUAAGAUGA